AUGGGAGCGUAUUGCAACGAAGACCUAAGUUUACCGGUUUACUCCGCCGGCGCUCCGACGGACGAGCUCCGGUUCAGCAAGCAUGUCUACGACAACGUCCAUGGAAACAUUUAUCUCGAUCCUCUUUGUUUAAAAUUCAUUGACACGGAGCAGUUUCAGAGGCUUCGUGAACUGAAGCAACUUGGAGUGACAAACAUGGUAUAUCCAGGAGCUGUACAUUCUAGAUUUGAGCACUCUCUAGGCGUGUAUUGGCUUGCAGGUGAAACGGUUCAGAAGCUGAAAAGUUUCCAGGGAAUGGAGCUUGGUAUUGAUAAGUAUGAUCUUCAGACUGUGCGACUUGCUGGACUUCUCCAUGAUAUUGGUCAUGGGCCUUUCAGUCAUAUGUUUGAGCGGGAAUUCCUCCCACAGGUCAUAAGCAACUGUCAGUGGUCUCAUGAAUCAAUGUCUGUUAACAUGAUUGACCAUAUCGUUGAUACACAUCAUAUCGAUGUUGAUGCUCAAAUGCUCAAAAGAGUGAAGGAUAUGAUACUAGCUAGUACUGAAUAUUCACAGCUGAAUAGCAAUGCAGAGAAACGUUUCUUGUAUGAUAUUGUUGCUAAUGGUCGAAAUGGGAUUGAUGUGGACAAGUUUGACUACCUUGUCCGAGAUUCACGAGCAUGUGGACUAGGAUGCAAUUUUCAGUUCCAAAGACUGACAGAGACAAUGCGAGUCAUGGACAAUGAAAUCUGCUAUCGCGCUAAAGAGUAUCGCAAUGUCCACAAGUUAUUUGCAACUCGAGCUGAUCUUUAUCGAACUGUCUACACACAUCCGAAAGUUAAGGCAAUUGAGCUUAUGAUAGUAGAUGCAAUGGUCAAAGCUAACGAUCAUUUGGGGAUUUCUUCUUACAUCAAUGAUCCAUCUGAAUACUGGAAGUUGGACGAUACAAUUCUCAAAAUUAUUGAAACAGCUCCAGAUCCAGAACUAGCAGAAGCUAGAGACCUGAUACUCCGUGUUCGAAGAAGGGAGUUGUACCAGUUCUGUAACGAGUAUGCAGUUCCAAAAGACAAAAUCGAUCAUUUCAAAGCUGUCACUGCUCAAGAUAUCAUCUGUUCUCAGAAGCAUACUAGCUUAACACUUAAAGAAGAGGAUAUCUCUGUUACCAACGUCAAGAUUGAUUUAGCUCGUGGAAGAGAAAACCCUCUUGAAUGCAUCCACUUCUUCAAGGAUUAUGAGAGUGAGGAGAAGUUUUUGAUACCUGAGGAAAGAGUUAGUCACUUGUUCCCAACAACAUUUCAAGACAUGAUUGUGAGAGUCUAUGCCAAAAAGCCAGAACUGGUAGAAGCAGUUUCAGAGGCAUUUGAGAAUUUCCAAAUGAGAACGUAUGGAAUCAAAGCUCAAGUCCACGCAACUCCUGAGAAAAAGAAACGGCGUAUGAUCGAUCGCGAGCGAGCGAGUGAUUCGACGCGCGGAUUCAGCAAAAUGGGAGCGAAUUGCGACGACGACCUAAGUUCGCCGGUUUCCUCCGUGGCCGGUGCUCCGACGAACGAGCUCCGGUUGAGCAAGCAUGUCUACGACAACGUUCACGGAAACAUCUAUCUCGAUCCUCUUUGUUUGAAAUUCAUUGACACGGAGCAGUUUCAGAGGCUUCGUGAACUCAAGCAGCUCGGAGUGACAAGGAUGGUGUAUCCAGGCGCUGUGCAUUCUAGAUUUGAGCACUCUCUAGGCGUGUAUUGGCUUGCAGGCGAAACUGUUCAGAGGCUUCAAACUUUCCAGGGAAUGGAGCUUGAUAUUGAUAGAUAUGAUCUUCAGACUGUGAGACUUUCUGGACUUCUCCAUGAUAUUGGCCAUGGCCCUUUCAGUCAUAUGUUUGAGCGUGAGUUCCUCCCAAGAGUCAUAAGUGACUGUAAGUGGUCUCAUGAGUCAAUGUCUGUAACCAUGAUCGACAAUAUCGUUGAUACACAUCACAUUGACAUUGAUCCUCAAAUGCUGAAACGAGUGAAGGAUAUGAUACUCGCUAGUUCAAAAGGUUUUGAGCUGAAUAACAAUGAAGAGAAACGUUUCUUGUAUGACAUUGUUGCUAAUGGUCGAAAUGGGAUUGAUGUGGACAAGUUUGACUACAUUGUUCGUGACUCUCGAGCAUGUGGACUAGGAUGCAAUUUUCAGUUCCAAAGACUGACAGAGACGAUGCGAGUCAUGGACAAUGAAAUCUGUUAUCGCGCUAAGGAAUAUCGUAAUGUCCACAAGUUAUUCUCCACUCGAGCUGAUCUUCAUCGAACAGUCUACACACAUCCGAAAGUAAAGGCAAUUGAGCUUAUGAUAGCAGAUGCAAUGGUGAAAGCUAAUGAUCAUUUGGGGAUUUCUUCUUACAUUGAUAACCCAUCUGAAUACUGGAAGUUGGACGAGACAAUCCUCAAAACUAUUGAAAACUCUUCACGUCCAGAGCUUGCAGAAGCUAGAGAGCUUAUAUCCUUCUGUAACGAGUAUGCGGUUCCAAAAGACAAAAUGGAUCAUUUCAAAUCCGUCACUGCUCAAGAUAUCAUCUGUUCUCAGAAACAUUCUAGCUUAACGUUGAGAGAAGAAGACAUCGCUGUUGCAAACGUCAAGAUUGAUUUAGCUCGUGGAAGAGAAAACCCUCUUGAAUGCAUCCACUUCUUCAAGGAUUAUGAGAGCGAGGAGAAGUUUGUGAUACCUGAGGAAAGAGUUAGUCACUUGUUCCCAACAACAUUUCAAGACAUGAUAGUCAGAGUCUAUGCCAAAAAGCCAGAACUGGUGGAAGCAGUUUCUGAGGCAUUUGAGAAUUUCCAAAUGAGGACGUAUGGAAUCAAAGCGCAAGUCCACGCAACUCCUGAGAAAAAGAAACGCCGCUUCAUGUAA